UCCGGGCCCGGACGCCAUUUCUAGCGGUUGUGGUUUCUCGCGGAUUGUAUUCCGCCAGGACAAUGAGCGAUGAUCACCAUCGGAUCUGGGGCCGCGAUGGGGACCCCCGCAGCUCCAGUGAGGACUAUGAACGCGGCCCUGGAGGGAGCCGAGGCUCCGGAGGCGGCGGCGGCGGAGGUGGUCGAGGCGGCAGGGGCCGGCAUCCCGGGCACCUGAAAGGCCGCGAAAUCGGCUUGUGGUACGCGAAAAAGCAGGGACAGAAGAAUAAGGAAGCGGAGAGAAAGGAGAGAGCUGUAGUACACAUGGAUCAACGACGAGAAGAACAGAUUGUGCAGCUGCUGAAUUCUGUCCAAGCUAAGAAUGAUAAAGAUUCAGAAGCACAGAUAUCUUGGUUUGCUCCCGAGGAUCAUGGAUAUGGUAGUGAAGUUUCUGCUAAAAACAAACCAAGCUCAGAGAAGAAACAUGAUAACCAGGAUAAGAAAUUGGUAGACCAAGAAAAAAGGACAUUUAGAAUUCGUAACAAAUCAUAUAUUGACCGAGAUUCUGAGUAUCUCUUGCAAGAAAAUGAACCAGAUGUAACCUUAGACCAACAAUUACUGGAAGAUUUACAAAAGAAGAAAAGUGACCCUCGGUAUAUUGAGAUGCAGCAUUUCAGAGAAAAGCUGCCUUCAUACAGAAUGCAAAAGGAAUUGGUAAAUUUAAUUGAUAACCAUCAGGUAACGGUAAUAAGUGGUGAAACUGGUUGUGGAAAAACCACUCAAGUUACUCAGUUCAUUUUGGAUAGCUACAUUGAAAGAGGAAAAGGAUCUGCUUGCAGGAUAGUUUGUACUCAGCCAAGAAGAAUUAGUGCCAUUUCAGUUGCAGAGAGAGUGGCUGCAGAAAGGGCAGAAUCUUGUGGCAAUGGUAAUAGUACUGGAUACCAAAUUCGUCUCCAGAGCCGGUUGCCAAGGCAACAGGGUUCUAUCUUAUACUGUACAACAGGAAUUAUCCUUCAAUGGCUCCAAUCAGACCCACAUUUGUCCAGUGUCAGUCAUAUUGUACUUGAUGAGAUUCAUGAAAGGAAUCUACAGUCAGAUGUUCUAAUGACUGUUAUGAAAGAUCUUCUCAACUUUCGAUCUGACCUCAAAGUAAUAUUGAUGAGUGCAACGUUGAAUGCUGAGAAAUUUUCAGAAUAUUUUGGUAACUGUCCAAUGAUACACAUACCUGGUUUUACUUUUCCAGUUGUAGAGUAUCUUUUGGAAGAUAUAAUUGAAAAAGUAAAGUAUGUUCCAGAACAAAAAGAACAGCGAUCCCAGUCUAAGAGGGGUUUCAUGCAGGGGCACGUAAAGAGGCAAGAUAAAGAAGAAAAAGAAGCAAUCUACAAAGAACGCUGGCCAGAUUACAUAAGAGAACUACGGACUAAGUAUUCUGCAAGUACAGUAGAUGUUAUAAAAACAAUGGAUGAUGAUAAAGUUGAUCUGAAUUUGAUUGCUGCUCUUAUCCGAUACAUUGUUUUGGAAGAAGAGGAUGGUGCAAUAUUGGUCUUUCUACCAGGUUGGGACAAUAUCAGCACUUUACAUGAUCUUUUGAUGUCACAAGUGAUGUUUAAAUCAGAUAAGUUUCUAAUUAUACCUUUACAUUCACUGAUGCCUACUGUUAAUCAGACACAGGUGUUUAAAAAAACCCCUCCUGGCGUUCGGAAAAUAGUAAUUGCUACCAACAUUGCUGAGACUAGCAUUACCAUAGAUGAUGUAGUUUAUGUGAUAGAUGGAGGAAAAAUAAAAGAGACACACUUUGACACUCAGAACAACAUCAGUACAAUGUCUGCUGAGUGGGUUAGUAAAGCUAAUGCCAAACAGAGGAAAGGUCGAGCUGGAAGAGUUCAACCUGGUCAUUGCUAUCAUCUCUAUAAUGGUCUUAGAGCGAGUCUUCUAGAUGACUAUCAACUGCCAGAAAUUUUGAGAACACCUUUGGAAGAGCUUUGUUUACAGAUAAAGAUUUUAAAGCUUGGUGGAAUUGCUUAUUUUCUGAGUAGGUUAAUGGAUCCACCAUCAAGUGAGGCAGUGCUGCUCUCCAUAAGACACCUGGUGGAACUGAACGCUUUAGAUAAACAGGAAGAGUUGACACCUCUUGGAGUCCACUUAGCACGAUUACCAGUUGAGCCACAUAUUGGAAAAAUGAUUCUUUUUGGAGCUCUGUUCUGUUGCUUAGACCCAGUACUCACUAUCGCUGCUAGCCUCAGCUUCAAAGAUCCCUUCGUCAUUCCAUUGGGAAAAGAAAAGAUUGCAGAUGCAAGAAGAAAAGAAUUGGCAAAGGAUACUAGAAGUGACCACCUGACAGUUGUGAAUGCAUUUGAGGGCUGGGAAGGAGCUAGGCGUCGUGGAUUCAGAUACGAAAAAGACUAUUGCUGGGAAUAUUUUUUGUCUUCAAACACACUGCAGAUGCUGCAUAACAUGAAAGGACAGUUUGCUGAGCAUCUUCUGGGAGCUGGAUUUGUGACCAAUAGAAAUCCAAAAGAUCCAGAGUCUAAUAUAAAUUCAGAUAAUGAGAAGAUAAUUAAAGCUGUCAUCUGUGCUGGUUUAUAUCCCAAAGUUGCUAAAAUACGACUAAAUUUGGGUAAAAAAAGAAAAAUGGUGAAAGUUUACACAAAAACGGAUGGCGUAGUUGCUAUUCAUCCUAAAUCUGUUAAUGUGGAGCAAACAGACUUUCACUACAACUGGCUUAUCUAUCACCUGAAGAUGAGAACAAGUAGUAUAUACUUAUAUGACUGCACAGAGGUUUCGCCAUACUGUCUGUUGUUCUUUGGAGGUGAUAUUUCCAUCCAGAAGGAUAAUGAUCAGGAAACCAUUGCUGUAGAUGAAUGGAUUGUCUUUCAGUCUCCAGAAAGAAUCGCCCACCUUGUGAAGGAAUUAAGAAAGGAACUAGAUACUCUUCUGCAAGAGAAGAUUGAAAGUCCUCAUCCUGUAAAUUGGAAGGAUACUAAAUCCAGAGACUGUGCAGUACUGUCAGCCAUUAUAGACUUGAUCAAAACUCAGGAAAAGGCAACUCCCAGGAACUUUCCACCAUGACUCCAGGAUGGAGAUUGCAGCUGACAACUUGACAACUUUUCUGUGGUGGCCUAAAAAGCCGGUUUGACAGCCAUCCCCAUCAUAGUUUUAAAAUGUUUGGCAAGAUGUCAAACCCUGGGACAUGACUAAUUUUCCUUUGUAAGGUAGAAAUCUUCAGUAGGUAGUAAAGACUUAAUGUGCAUGACUUAAUGAUACCUGUAACUAUUAUAAAUAUAAAAAGCAGUAUGUUCUCUGGUCAUAUACUCUGUUGUGGUAUAUUGGCAGUAUAUUCCCCUUAUAUAAAUUGAGUAUUGUACCACUUGAGAAAUUUCUUUGUUCUAUUAUACAAAAUUAGUCUUUCUACCCAUAAUGAUUGAGUAUGGAUCCAGUAAAAAUAGAAUGGUUAAAAAGCAGUGUCAAGUAAGCAUUUGAAUAUAACCAUAUUUUUUAAAUGAAACUUCUAUCAGAAGUAUAUUAAGUUGUUAUAAUAAAGUUCAUUAUUUAAUAAAAUGUACAAUGUGUAAAUCUCAGCUAACUUCUUGGGUUUGUUUCUACAUGUACACUUAACUCUUGGCUUAUCUGAUACUUUUACUCUUUUUAAAAUAUGUAUGUACCCCUCUUCAUGGCCCUCUGUAGCAUAAUGUAGCAAUUCAGAACUUGGGUCUGGAUCCUGACUACUUCAGUUCCAGUCUCAGCUUUGUCACUUGAUGUCUUGGACAAGUUAGUUGGCUUCUUUUUGUUUCCUUUUCAUUAUCUGUAAAAUACAGUUGGCCCAUCUUAUCUGUGAGUUUCACAUCCAUGGAUCCAACCAACCAUGAAUUGAAAGUAUUCAGGAGAAAAAAUAGAUGGUUGUGUGUACUAAACAUUGUACAGACUUUUCUUCUUUGUCAUUAUUCCCUAAAUACAGUAUAGUAACUAUUUGUGUAGCAUUUACCUUGUGUUAGGUAGUAUAAGUGAUCUAGAGAUGAUUUAAAGUAUUCAGGAGGAUGAGUCUAGGUUAUAUGCAAAUACUGUGCCUUCUAUAUAAGGGACCUGAGCAUCUGGGGAUUUUAGUAUCCACAGGGGUCCUGGAACCAACUAUGCAGGUAACACUUUAGAGGAUGAAAUACGAUAGUAUGUGUCAAGCACAUAAGCUAGUGUCUGGCACAUGGGGUGUUCUCUCUGAAUCUUAAUUAUUAUCCAUCCCUGAAACACUGCAGUAUCUAACCACCCAUUAUAAUACACUUUUUUCCAUUGCUGCUUUACCUUCUUAGCCAUGGAAGCUAGUGUGGCACAUGUGCUGCGCAUUUCCGGCCCUGUCAGACCGUGUGCUAUUGCUGGUUCAGCCAUUUUGUCCCUUCCUCUUGCUUGCUUGUUCAUGUGGUUCCCCCUGCUGCUCAGCUUUGUGCCAGGUAUGUUGGACCCUCUUUCCAAGAGCAAAUCAGGUUGUUCUGAGCCAGUCCCAUGUGGUCUUACUCCGUUGUAAGUAAUUGGUGAGGUUUGUGUAUGUGACCCUCUCCUGGCCAGUGGCAACCGAGAAGUAAUCUUCAAGGGGGUGUUUGAGAAAGAUUUUUUUCACUGGUGGAUUCAGAGGAGGAAAUAACUGCCGUUUCUUUAGACAUUGUCUUGUCUGAAUCUGAUGCUGCAGCCAACCUAGAUCACAAGCGAACACAACCAUAACUCAAGUUGGCUCAGGGGAAAGAUAGAACUCACUGAAGUUCUUGAUGAUGCUGGUGAGCUGCAGAAUUCAUCAACUCUGGAACUGCUCUACACAUGAACUUAAUUUUAAUAAAAUAAAAACCCGUCAUCACUUAAACUUCUAGUAAGGUAUAUUUAAUCACACAAAAAGUAUAUUAACUAAAACUUACACUGUCCAUCAUUGAGUAUUAACUUGCUGAGACCUCUAUCUCUACUAUUUAUUUUCUGAUGUAACAGUUUUGACCCAUGUCUGGCAAAAGUGCUGGACAUACUGCAAAAAAACAGAAACAGCAUCUUUUGUGCCCUAAAUGAUACAAAUUGUAUUGUGCCUUCUGAUAAAUGCAAGAAAACCAAAGGAAUAAGUAUCAUACAAUUGCUGGGAUGUAUCGAUAAUGCCACAGUGAUCUGGUAACAGCACUGGUUCAGGUGCUGUUCCCGUUUCUAGGAAUGUAGGCCACUUGACAUUGCCUACCAUGGGUGUCAGUGUGUCCUAAGUCUGUUUUCUGGGCUUUCUUUCUCCCCAGAGUGAUCUCUCUCACUGUAAUGUUGUAUUACAGCAUACUAAUUUUGCCCCUAAAGUCAAGGUGACCAUCUGUUCUGGUCUUGCUCUAUAAGAAUAUGUUUAUCUUUGUGCUUUUUUUUCUUUGCUUUUAUUAUACAGUUUGAAUUCACAAAGUCACUUGGCCAAAAUAGACUCUGAAGAAAGCAUUUAAAGAUUCUGCUGUCUUGAAUUAGGGAAUUAAAGGGGGACAGAAAUUGUAUAAAGAGUCUCUAGAAAAGAUUAUUAGUUGGUUCAAUGUUUACAAACCAAUACUUAAUCUCCCUAUAAAUGGGGAAAAUGUUGCUAAAUAAUUACUUAUUCACAGAUUAAAGUGUAAUUACUUUUGCCUCCAAUUUGUUUUCUCUAUAGCUGAUCAGGAUGGAACUUCUAAUUCAAGGUGCUAUUUUCUGUUUGUUUUUUUUUUGUUGUUUACAAAAUAGGAAAAUGCAUUUUUUGUUGUUUACUGAGCGGAAAAUGCAUUUAAGGACUAUUGGUUCUGUAGUUUUAAAAAAUAAGACAUUAAGAAGGAAAAUCUAUGUUUCACCAUUCUUAGCAAUAUAGAGGAUAAUUUAUUUUUUUAUUUUGAUCUUUCAGGAUUUUAUUUUUUUAUUUCAGAUUAAUAUAAGGGUACAAAUGAUUAGGUUUUUGCAUUUGUUAGGUAACAGUCGGCAAUGUAGUUGUAUCCCACACUCAGCAUAGGAUAACUCUUGAAAAAAAAUAUAACCCUGAAACAGAAACUUGCCUGGAAAAAACUUAAGAAAUAAAACACAAUAAUCUCUAAAAAUGUAUCUUUAAAAGUGAGUACAUGUGAUACCUUCCUAAACUAAUUUAAGCAAAAACUAAAUAAACUUAUACCACUUAUUACAAAGUCAUUCUCUGUUCUUACUGAAUUUUUAAAGUCCACUCUAAAAGUUAUGAAUUUUAGAAAAAUUUUAGGAGAAAUUUAUCCUCACCCAGAAUAAAGAGUGGUAAAUGUUCUUCUAUUUUUAGCUCUGAGUUUGUAUUUACUUAUAAGUCAUUGUGUAGCACUCUGGGAGGCCAAGGCAGGUGGAUUGCCUGAGCUCACAGGUUUGAGACCACCCUGAGCCAUAGUGAGACCUCAUCUCUAAAAAUAGUGGGGUGUUGUGGCGGUUGCCUAUAGUACCAGCUACUUAGGAGGCUGAGGAAAGAGAAUCACUUCAGCCCAAGAGUUUGAGAUUGCUAUGAGCUAUGAUGCUAAGGCACUCUCAGGGGUCUUCAAACUAUGGCCCGCAGGCUAUAUGCGGUGAUGUGAUUAUAUUUGUUCCCGUUUUGUUUUUUUACUUCAAAAUAAGAUAUGUGCAGUGCAUAGGAAUUUGUUCAUAGUUUUUUUUUUAACUAUAGUCCGGCCCGCCAAUGGUCUGAGGGAUAGUGAACUGGCCCCCUGUUUAAAAAGUUUGAGGACCCCUGCAAGGGUGACAAAGUGAAACUGUCUCAAAAAAAAAAAAAAAAGACCAACCUGAAUAUGAGUGAAACCCUUCUCUUACAUAAUUUUUUUAAGUCUUUAUGAUUACGUUGUAUGUCAUAUGUUUGUAAUAUACUAAUUGUUUCUAAAUGGUAUGUUUAUUCUAAUUUUAAAAUAAUACAUCUGGGGCAGUUCCUGUGGCUCAAAGGGGUAGGGUGCCGGCCCCAUGUGCUGGAGGUAGUGGGUUCAAAUCUGACCCUGGCCAAAAACUGCAAAAAAAAAUACAUCUGUACUGAAGGAUAUUUGGACAAAGUAAAUCAUCUUACCAUUUGUACAUUUAGUUAUAUUUCCAUACUUUCUGUUAAACUUUAAGGUAUUAUUUCAUAUGUAAUACAAUAACCAACUUAACAAAAUUCGCUAAAAUACCCACUUAAGUAUAUAAAGUUGCAUAAUUACUACCCCCCAGUCUUAGUAGAGAGCGCACCAUCACCUAAAAAUUGCCUGUUUUCCUUUGUAGUCAGUGUCUUGCUCCGGCUUCUCUCCAGCUACCGUUAAUCCGUUGUAAGUCACUACUGCAGUUUUGCCUUUUCUAGAGUUCACAUAAAUUUUGUGUUCAGCUUCUUUCACGUCACAUGAUGCUUUGGAGUUACUUAUGUCAUUGCCUGUGUCAGUAGUUAGUCCCUUUUUAUUGUUUAGCAGUAUUGCAUUGUAUGGUUACACUGCAGUGUUAUAUUCAUUUACCAGGUGAUGGACGUGUGAGCUAUUUUUGAUGUUUUGCUAUUAUAAAUAAAGCUGCUGUGAACA